AUGCCACGAGGAAUCAGUUGGAGUUUUAAUGAAACUGAAGCAUUGAUUCGUCUAUGGGCCGACUCAGCAACGCAAACGGCAUUGCGAUUAAACAGUCGCAAUCGCUGUAUUUAUGAAGAUAUCGCUAAUCAAUUGCAAUCCAAUGGAAUAACUCGUUCAGCAGAUCAAUGCCAAAUGCGUAUCAAACUAUUGAAAAAGAUGUACCGACAGACGAAUGAAGCUACUAAACGUGGUGAAGUUUUUCAACAGCGUCCAUGUCCGUUUUACAAUGAAAUGCAUCGCAUUUUUUCCGGUUCUGAUGAUCCUAAUGGGCCGGCAGUUCUAUCGAAUUCUCAAUCAUUACUAAACGAUGGCGAUGACGAUGAUCAGGAGGAAGAAGAAAACGAUGAUAUAAGCGAUUUCGAACAAGAAAACCAUAAUGAAAUUCCUUCAAGUACAUCAACGGAUGACAAAAUCACACAAGCAAUUUAUCAAUUGAUAGAAUACCAGAAACAAACAGAGGCACGCUGGUAUAAAUAUCUUGAACGACAAACUAGUUUAGAAUUACAACGUCGACAAGAAGAUCGUGCAUAUCAACUUCAAAUAGUUCAGCUACUAACCAAUGUUAUUUCAACGAAAAUCCAUUCAUCUCCAUAUCAACCAUCGACUAUGCAUAACGAAGAUUGUUCAACAGAAAAAGUACAAGUUAAUCAAGAAGAUUGUGAAACUCGUGGAGAGAAACGCAAAUGUUCGCCAGGAUCAUCAACAAUUGAGAAAAAGGCGAAACUUCGACAAUCACUACCAUCGAACUUCUAUUCACUUCUAGCACAAAUUCAUAAUAUAAAUUCUACGAAUGAUGUUUAA